AUGAAGACCACAGAGUUUGUUUUUGAUGGGGUCCUGGAAGAUUUUUGUAAUCCUCAAUGCUCUUCUGAUCCAAAUCGCAUUAGCUAUUGUCGUGGCUGUAGAACCACGUGCCUGAACUCGAAGCUUCCCUGCUGCAAGCUGACUUACCAAAACAGCUAUCUAAGAUUGGGAGAAGUACCAACCACGUGCUUCAAGUUCGGGAAAGGUAUUUGCCAAGUGAACCAGAGUAUCAAGAACUUCAACGAGUACAGCAAGCUGAUCGAGCAAGUGAACUAG